AUGGAGCCAAACGCAAGGACGAUGGAGACCAGAUAUAAUUUAACGGCGUUGAACGGGGAUGAAGUUACGAUGUUCAAAUCGCUCCAAUUCACCGACGAAAUCCACCGUUUGAUUUCGACUCCGCCAACUGAUAACGCCAGUUCCUUCACGGCUCUGCUUGAACUACCGUCUCCACAAGCAGUUGAGCUUCUUUACUCUCCUGAAUCAUCAAAUCUAAUCCCUACUUCGCCUCUGAACUUUGAAGAUUUCAAAGAUAACUUCCAUUUUCCUUCGAAUACUUGUUUGAUUGAACGAGAUACGAGGUUUUCUGCAGAAGUUAAUAACAACAAUGAGAGUGAGAAGAGUAAGUCGCCUGAGUCAAAAAACUUAAGCACGAAUCUUGAGAAGGCGAUAAAGAGUGAGCAGGCGGAGACCGAGUCAUCCCAGCCGUUGGCUUCCGAUCCAACGUUAGACAAGCAAAAUAUCAAGAGAAAUGAUGGAGAAAAUAAGGUUAAAGGGUCAACAAAGAAAAACAAAACUGCGGUGAAUGAGAGCUCAGAGAACGCCCAGAAGUUGCCUUACGUUCACGUGAGAGCACGCCGGGGAAAAGCAACAGAUAGCCAUAGCCAUAACUUUUUUUAUAUUAAUAUGAACAUUUAUUAUGGGGUGUACAUCGUUGUAGAUAGUGGUUACUGUGAAGGUUCUGCUGGUGUAGCUGAUGACGAACCGAAACCACCUGCUCUCCGUCUACGAGUCGAGAGACGAUGGGGUUAUGACAGUUUCUCGUUACUGUUGAACCACUCAAAGUCAGUUGGUUCUUCUGGUUCUUGUUUAGGCACUGCAAGGAAAGAAAAUGUAAGAAAACCUCAAGGGAGAAAGCCUUCACUUGUAAGACAAACCAAAGACAUACCCUCAACUGCAUCUUGUGCUGGUGAGAAAGCGAAUGAUAAUUGCCUCGUACAGAAGAAUCAGUAUUAUAUCAACUGUAUGGAAAAAAUUGUUAUUGAUGGUGUGUUUUGUUUGUAA